AUGAUUGACACUGACUACAAAAAAGCUAGGAAAUUUGAAGGUGGGCUUGACUUGGAUGUGUUUGACCGCGUUGGCAUCUUAAAAUUACCAAAGUACGUGGAUGUUCUUGAUAGGGCCUUAAUGUCCGAAGCAAACAUAGCAACCUUGAAAAUGUCAAAAUCAACAUCAUCGACUGAACCCGAAAGAACAAAACAGAAGAAACAGAAAGUUGAAAUGUCAAGUAAUUCGAUGAUCAACGUGAAUGAGAAAUUUGGGGCAAUAACCGUGAACCAAGAAGGUCAGGGGAGUAAUGUGAACAAUGAUAUACCUGUCUGUAGAGAAUGUGGGAAACAACAUUGGGUGGCACCACACCAGCUAUCAGCUACUCAGCCUCUAGGCCUACCAUCGGUGCGUCCACCAUCAGUGGCACCACCAUUAGAGGAGGCAUCACAACGAGCACUAUUAGUGCCACCGCAUCGACCCCCAUCAGUGGCACCACACCAGCUAUCAGCUACUCAGCCUCUAGGCUUACCAUCGGUGCGUCCACCAUCAGUGGCACCACCAUUAGAGGAGGCAUCACAACGAGCACUAUUAGUGCCACCGCAUCGACCCCCAUCAGUGGCACCACACCAGCUAUCAGCUACUCAGCCUCUAGGCUUACCAUCGGUGCGUCCACCAUCAGUGGCACCACCAUUAGAGGAGGCAUCACAACGAGCACUAUUAGUGCCACCGCAUCGACCCCCAUCAGUGGCACCACACCAGCUAUCAGCUACUCAGCCUCUAGGCUUACCAUCGGUGCGUCCACCAUCAGUGGCACCACCAUUAGAGGAGGCAUCACAACGAGCACUAUUAGUGCCACCGCAUCGACCCCCAUCAGUGGCACCACACCAGCUAUCAGCUACUCAGCCUCUAGGCUUACCAUCGGUGCGUCCACCAUCAGUGGCACCACCAUUAGAGGAGGCAUCACAACGAGCACUAUUAGUGCCACCGCAUCGACCCCCAUCAGUGGCACCACACCAGCUAUCAGCUACUCAGCCUCUAGGCUUACCAUCGGUGCGUCCACCAUCAGUGGCACCACCAUUAGAGGAGGCAUCACAACGAGCACUAUUAGUGCCACCGCAUCGACCCCCAUCAGUGGCACCACACCAGCUAUCAUCUUCUCAGCCUCUAGGCCUACCAUCGGGUUUAGUGGCACCACAGCAGCUACCAUUAGAGGAGGCAUCACAGCGAGCACCAUCAGAGGGACCAUUAGUGCCACCGCAUUGA